AUGGGGGGAGUCAUUAAUAAAGGGGACCCUUCGCCGGCGACGAAUCACCGUCCCUAUCCCUCUCUCAUCGUCAACCCUUCCACCUCCGACUCCACACUUUCAUCCAUACUCAAAACCCUAACGCUGUCUCUCAAAAACCCUAAUACGAAUCCUUUUUUCAGCCACCACAUUCUCCGCCUCUUCUCUCUACUUUUCCAUCACCGUCCACACCUCCCUCACAACCUCAUCUCCACCGUCUGUGAAUUCUCUCUCCUCUCUUCAACUUCCACGCGCUCACUCGCCGAUGCCCUCGCGUGUCUCUCCAUCUCAGAUAUCAACGUCAACGAUGAAUCGACAUUCUUCUCCCUCGUUCUUCGUCCCUGUAUUUCUGUUCGCCAUUGGUUGCUUUUGAAUGCGAGUAAAUUUGACAUACGACCGUCGGUUUUGCUUACGGUUCUGCUAGGAUUUACGAAGGACCCCUAUCCGUACAUUCGUGGUGUUGCUUUGGAUGGAUUAGCUGAUUUGUGCAAGUGCAUUAUUGUCGAAGAUGAAAGUCUCAUCCACGGUUGCUAUCUUCGAGCUUUUGAGCUUCUGUUUGACUCCGAGGACUCAGUGCGAUGCUCUGCUGUUCGUGCAGUUAGUGCAUGCGGGCAGUUAAUUGUGGCAUCUAAACGAGAGAGAAGUAAAAGGGACUGGUCUGAUGCAUUAUUUCUGCAGCUAUGUUCAAUGGUGCGAGACAUGAGUGUCAAGGUCAGGAUUGAAGUUUUUAUUGCCCUAGGAAAGAUUGAAAUUGUUUCGGAAUAUAUUCUGUUACAAACGCUCUCUAAGAAAGCUUCAUCUGCAACAAAAGAAAUGAAGUUUCCUGGCCAGUACACUAAGAAAAUUUCAGGAUACCAGCAUCAAGUGCUAGUUUUGCUUUUCUACAUGGGCUGGAGGAUGAAUUUAGUGAGGUAAGAGAAUCUGCUUGCCGAGCUUUGCAAACAUUGGCUAUCCUUUCUGCUGAUUUUUCUAAUGAGGUUGUGACUUUUUAAUGGACGUACUUAAUGAUGAUUCAACGGCUGUAAGAUUACAAGCUUUAGAUACUAUGCAUCAUAUGGCGAUGGGUGGCCAUCUAAAGGUGCAACAAGCGAAUCUGCAUAUGGUAAAUCUUUGAUCCAUCUUGAGGCGUUUGUUUGAUUGAUCCUUGUUGGGAGACAGGCAAGUGUGAAUACUUUGUCUGCAUCUCAUUCAAAUUUUGCACCUGGACCGCAUGUUGCUAUAUUGCUGCAUUUAGUGUUUGUUUGUCAGCGUGAUUGAACAUAGUGCAACUUUAGCAGUUGUGGAAUAAACUGGUUAAAAAUAACAUCAUUACAUCUUGAUAAUUGAGACUGCAAUGCUGGUCAAGUCUUGAUUUAUCCCUUUCUAAUAUAGCUAUGCUUGCUUAAACAUCAA